AUGGAACAUAUAUCAUGUGUAAUCUUCAGAACAGUGUUGUUGCUGUCAUUUCUUGGGUGCACAGAAUCCUGGUCCAGGACACAGUUAUUCCAGGAUGUUGUCAACAAAAUGGAUCCAGACAUUGCUCCAUUUGAAUCUGCAGAAACAAAUAUCGGUGUAACGAUAACCUUAAAUUUGAUGGAAAUUUCAGAAGUCGACGAAAAACAGCAAACUGUCAAAGGAUCGUACUGGAUUGUGUUAACCUGGACAGACUGGCGUCUAAGAUGGGACCCAAGCUCCUAUAUGAAUAUCAGCGCAGUUCAAGUGAAAGCCGAAAAGAUCUGGUCACCGACUUCCAUUUGUAUCUUUAAUGAAUUAGGAAAUGAGAAGUGUUUUAAUGCCGAUAAAGAUCCAGUUACAGUGCAUUCAGCAGGAUACGUUUCCUAUAUGAAAUACAUGGAGAGUGUAUCCCAGUGUGUAAUAGAUGUCACUAAGUAUCCUUUUGAUUCUCACUUCUGUGGCCUUUAUUUUGGAAAUAUUAAUUCCAACACUGAGACGGAGUUAUUCACGGAUGUUAUAAACAAAAUGGACCCUGACAUAGCCCCAUUUGAAUCUGCCGAUACAUUUAUUUCUGUGACAAUAACUCUAAAUCUGCUAGGUAUAUCAGAAGUCAACGAAAAACAGCAAACUGUGAGAGGAUCGUACUGGAUUGUGUUAACCUGGACGGACUGGCGACUAAGAUGGGAUCCUGAAUCUUACAGGAAUAUCAGCGCGGUUCAAGUGAAAGCCGACAAGAUCUGGUCUCCAACUUCCAUUUGUAUCUUUAAUGAAAUAGGAAACGACAAGUGUUUUAAUGCCGAUAAAGAUCCAGUUACAGUGCAUUCAUUAGGAUACGUUUCCUACAUGAAAUACACGGAGAGCGUCUCCCAGUGUACAAUAGAUGUCACUAAAUAUCCUUUUGAUUCUCACUACUGUGGUAUGUCGUUCGGAAAUAUUAAUUCCAACAUUGAAUACCUGAAUUUUGAUUCGAAGUAUUCUAGCUUCCUUCUUCAGUAUCUUCAGCCAAACGAAGUCUGGAAUGUCCGGAAUACAACACUUCUUGUAUACAAGUAUGAGGAUUCAGUAACUGAAACCAUCUCACAACAAUUACAUUUCUACAUAUUAUUGGAGAGGAAGUCGUUUUAUGUCAUCAUUUCUACAUUGUUACCCGUGAUUAUUUUAUCAGUGCUUAAUAUGUUUUGUUUUGUUGUGCCUAUUGACUCUGGAGAGAAAAUGGGGUUCAGCAUGGCCAUAUUUCUUACUUUUGCAGUAUUUCUGACAAUAAUUAACGACUCCAUGCCGAAAUCAUCCGAAAAAGUUCCCUUUUUCACAAUUUAUUUAAUAACUCAACUCGUCAUCAGUGGAUUGACUGUAGUGUUGGAAUCUAUUGUUCUCUUGGUCCACUUCCACUUUUGUACAAGAACAAAAGAACAGCUAGAGGGAGACGAAAAAGUGAUCACUAAAAAGAAAUGUCAUUUAACUGGGACACAUUUAGACAUCAUAUUCUUCUUGUUUGUCUUAGGUUGCAAUAUAUUUUCCAUACUUUUCUAUAUUUUAAAUGUGAUUUGA